AUGGCCGGGUGCGAGCCCGGCCGCCGGCUGCGCGUCGCGGUCCUCGUCAGCGGCGGCGUUGACAGCAGCGUGGCGCUGUCCCUGGUGCGUGCCGCCGGCCACGAGGCUGUCGGGUUCUACCUCCAGAUCUGGUUCCAGGAGGACUUCAGGAACUUUUGGGACGCGUGCCCCUGGGAGGAGGACCUGGCCUACGCGCGGCAGGUGUGUGAGUCAGCGGGCGUGCCCCUGGAGGUGGUGCCCAUGACAGAUCAGUACUGGGACCGUGUGGUGGCGCACUCUGUGGCGGAAAUCAAGGCGGGCCGCACCCCCAACCCCGACAUGCUCUGCAACUCAAGGGUGAAGUUCGGUGCAUUCUUCGAAUGGCUGGACGAGCACCAGCCGGAGCGCUUUGACCGCGUCGCGUCUGGCCACUACGCACGCCUUGUGCGGCCACAAGCGGGGCUUCAUCGGCAGGUAGAAACCCACAGUAACAGCGGCAGCAGCAGCAGCAGCGGCACCGGCAGCUCCGAGGUGCGCUUGGCUCUCACACCCGACGCUGUGAAGGACCAGACCUACUUUUUGGCGCAGCUCUCUUCGCAGCAGCUCGCGCGAGCCAUGUUCCCCCUUGGCUGCCUGACCAAGCCACAGGUGCGCUCCCUCGCUGCGGCGGCGGGCCUGGCCACCAGCGGCCGCAAGGACUCCCAGGGCAUCUGCUUCCUGGGCAAGGUGCGGUUUGGUGAAUUUGUGCGCGAGCACCUGGGCACCUGGCCGGGCCCGCUGGUGGAGGCGGAGAACGGCGCAGUGGUGGGGCUGCACGAGGGCUACUGGUUCUACACUGUGGGGCAGCGCGGCGGCAUCAAGCUGCCGGGAGGGCCCUGGUAUGUGGUGGCCAAGGACAUGCGGCUCAACACGGUCAGCAUCAGUCGCAGGUACCACGAGCAAGGCAAGCGGCGCGACGCGUUCACAGCGGGACCCUUCAACUGGCUCGGCCCCGAGCGGCCGGACGUGUCCCCCGGGGCGCCCCCGCUGCUGGUCAAGGUUCGCCACGGCCCCGCCACCGCGCGCUGCCGCGUGCUGCUCGGCCCCGCGGCCGCGGUCGAGGCGUGGGCCGCGCGCAUGGCCGCGCUGGCCGGCAGCGAGGGCGGCGAGGGCGGGGAGGCACGGCAGCUGCGGGAAGAGGACGUCACGUGUGGCAGCGGCGUCGGCGGCGCCGGCCCGGGCGGUGAGCAGCACGGCCUGUUCCUGCUAGAGGAGCGUGACCAGGGCCUGGCGGCGGGGCAGUACGCCGUGCUGUACCAGGGCGGCACGUGCCUGGGGGCCGCCAAGAUCCAGGGCGCCAUCAACACGGCUGCUGUUGGUGGUGCUGCUGCGGGACCGGUGGGGGCAGCAGUGUAA